AUGGUUAUCCCUAUUGAUUGUAAAGACCUUCGUGCAGAUGGUCACACUAGUUCAGGUGUGUAUGAAAUCUAUCCCUAUGGCACCAUUACCAGUCCUAUCAGAGUUUACUGUGAUAUGGAGACAAUGGACGGAGGAUGGACGGCAAUCCAAAAAAGAGUUAAUGGCACUCUGAGCUUUGAGAGGACAUGGACGGACUAUAAGAAUGGUUUUGGUACACCGGAACAGGAUGCCUGGAUUGGAAAUGAUAUAAUCCAUCAGUUAACAAAAGGAAAUGACACAUCCCUCUAUGUUUCCAUCACAGUACAGGAUGGUAGGAAACUGUAUCAGUUGUACGACAAAUUCUCAGUUUCCAAUGAAGCAGAAAAUUACAAACUCUUUCUGGCGGGAAAUCUAAAGGGAACCUUAGGUGACAGAAUGCUAGAUACUGGAGAUCCUCGAUUUAAUCUCUCUGGGACGUACUUUAGUACGUUAGAUAGAGACAAUGACAAGUGGAGCGGAGUAAGCUGUGCUGCUUACCAAAAAGGAGAUGAAGAUUUAGAAAAAGGGGAGUUGUACGAACUGAUUUCCAUGGGACUUUUCUCUGGACAAUUAACGAUGUUAAAUCUAUUGUGA